AUGUCAUAUGCAGAAAUAUCAGAGGACGAAGACAGUUUUGUCUUAAGCAACAGCGAAAUGAAUAAAAGUUCUGAACAACAUAUUAUUAUAAGCAGUGAUGAAGAGUCACAAGGACCUGCUGUUGUAUACGAACUUACUUCUGAUGAAGAUGAAUGCAGCUGUGAAAUAAGAAAUAAAAAACAAACAUUAAUAAAGAACCUAUUUCCCACUACCAAAUCAAGUAACAAGAACAACACCAAAUUAUUAAAACCACCAAAAGGAAAGGGAUUUGAAAAAAUGAUAGGUGGAAUAAAAGUUCAUAUACCCCUUGAGCCAUAUGGUAGUCAAACAGCUUUGAUGUUUAAGGUUAUAACAGCUAUCAACAAAUCCCAAAACUGCUUGCUGGAAAGUCCAACGGGUUCUGGUAAAACCUUGGCGCUACUUUGUGGUGCAUUGGGAUGGCUACGUCAUGAAAGAAACCGCAUCUGUGAAAUGCAAGCUCAGUGUUUCGUUGACAAACAUCCUGAGUUGAACGAAGUGAAGGGAGCUGCCGAGUACGUUUCCACGCCAGUAAGCGACAAAUCUGUAACUCCAGAGAAAUUCUUCAACAAGCCAGUUUUCGGUCAGAAGAGCAUUUACGACGAACCGGCGCUGAACACUGCUGAUCCGAGUAGUAGCAUUAAGCGUCAAGAACCUUUGGAUAAUAGUUUAGAAGAUAUCCCCAACGAAGGUCUUGUAAAUAUCCAUAAGAAACGUCGCCUUAACGAAAACAAAUUUGGUGAAAGCUCGGAGACCGCUCAAACUCAUACGCUAUCCUCUACGCCAGAGAAGAAGUAUGAAACGCCGCAGCCUGAGACUCCACAAAGUGUUCGAAACCUGUACCACCUCGUGGACAACCUCCGUCUCAAGACUUCGAUGCUUGUUGAUUCCAGUGUCCCCACCAUCUACUACGGCGCUAGGACACACAAGCAGUUGCAGCAAGUCGUGAAGGAGUUUGCGAGGACGGAUUAUUGCGGCGAGAUGCUUAUGACGAUCCUGUCUAGUAGAGACUAUAGCUGUAUACGAGAGUUCGAUCGCCAGACUUGGAGCAGUAAGAACGAUAUGUGUAGGGCUUGUAUUAAGCCAUCCGAUUCGACAAGAGAACGCCAAAGUGACACGAAUUGCAAGUUCUACGACAAUAGGAUGGCACUCAACCACAAGAGUCUGCCCCCGGCCUUCGACCUGGAUGAGUUGGUUGCAGCGGGAGAGGAGAUGGGAGCAUGUCCCUACUUCGCCGCAAGGUCGAUGGCCUCCAGCGCCCAUAUUGUCUUCUGCCCCUACAACUACCUUAUAGAGCCUUCAAUUAGAAAUAGUGUAGGUGUCUAA